UAAAAAAAUGCCGAUCCUAACUCCGGCCAUCAGACUCGUGGUUUUCAGGCAAAGUCUUCGACCACAUUCCGCUGUUGCAUUCCUCGUUGAGUUCCUCUGCUUUGUCUUAGAGCUACUCGACAAGGAGAAAGAUCUAGCAAAGAUAUUCGGCAUCGUUUCUGCUUGCGACACAUUAAUCUUCACUAUGCUCGAUGUAAUCCAAAAUCUGAUCGAAGGAGUGAAAAUACGAAGAUGCGGUCAAGUGUUUUGGCUUUACAAAAACGAUGGGAGUCUCUAUUGGCACACACUAAACGCGUAUUUACUGAUGUUGUCCAUUGUCCACGUCAUUGGCUCCGCAAUUUCAUAUAGGUCUCGUAGACGUUAUCUAGUCUUGCUCCCGCUUUUUGUUGCUGGCCUAGAACUUCUUCCUCAAGAGGCAUAUCAGGUUCUUGGAAAUGAUCAGAGUCAAAACCUUCAAGAUUACGUUGAGCCAGAUCAAGUUCCACGAGAUUGUAUCGGGCCUCUUCAGAAUCCAUUAGAUGGUAUUGAGCUGGAGGAAGGCGAUAGAGUGCCGGAUCAAGAAGUUGCUGACCAUGUUGCGCCUGAUGGUGGCUCAUAAAAUAUUAAGGCUUAAGGUGAAAAGACACCGUAUUAUAUAUAUAUAUAUAUAUAUGGGUGUAUGGUGGUGUUCAAAAAAAAAAGGGUAUAUGGAUGUUUGGUACUUUGUCUUAAAAAUGCUAUGUACUUGUCGUUGUAUACGAUUCUAAUUAUAAAGACAAUAGGUAUGUCGGAUGCGGUAAUGUAAAAGAAUAUUUACAACAACUUCUUAUGAAUUAAAAAAUGAAAGUACGUACUUAAAAUGUUUUUAUUGUGAAUGUUUUAUUCAAGCAAUUAUGUUUGAGUUAGUGACAUUUGAAUAAUUUAUUGUAUGUUUGAUGUUGAGUUGGUAAUUUUUGUAUAUAUUUGUUUAUGUAUCUACUAGGGUCGGCCCGGGCGUAGUCCGGGGUUUUUGUUUAAAUUUUAAUUUUUUAUUAUACAUUUUGUAUGUAUGUUUAUUUUGAUAUAAAAAUGGCAUAAUUUAUUAUAAAAAUAUAAGUAGCUAGACAAUCAUAAAAUAAUUUUCAAUUAUUUAUUUUUUCUGUCUUACAAAUUUCAAAAGAAUUAAUAUCCAAAUUUCUGAUAUUUUUGCUAAUGGAAAUUAUAUAUAAGGUGAUGAGUAAAAGGAAAAAAAAUGAUUAAAUUUUAGUUAUAUGUUUGAUUAGUUGGAUUAUAGAAAUGUUUCAUUUCACUUUUUUUUUUAAUAAAUUUUGUUUCCAGUUAUUCUCUUAGUAAUUUAAUUGACCCUCACCUUUAAAUAUACAAUCCUUUUAAAGUAUAUUUUUUCUUAAAACACCGGUUUAAAAAUUGUAAUAUCUUUCUACAUUAAAAACUAAAACCUAAAUUCUAUAAACUAAAUUCUUACAAUAAAAUUUAUGCACUUACAACCCAAUUAUUUAGACCAUGAUCUACAUAUUCAUUUAUCUUAAUUAUAUAAAUUUUGGUGCAAAACGUUUUUAAAUGUACAACCAAUCAUAAUUCUAUUUUAGUUUUAAUACCACUGAAUUCACAACUUUCACAAAUGUCUUUUCAAAUUUUUUAUUCCACUUCGUCCUAAAUCUGUUUUGAUGUAAUUGCAUCAUCUAUAUUUUUACCCACACAUACACACACAUAUAUAUAACCAAUUUUGAACAAUGAUCAUAAUCUUAUUAUUAUCUAAAAAUUGGUUGUUGAUUAAAUAGUUAUUACCAAAGUAAAACAAAUUUUAUGUUGUGGUUUAUAUUAUAUUUUAGUUGUGAUGUCACAUGAUAAUGCACUAAUGCAUGAUAUAUAACUGAUGUUUUUUUUAUUAAAACAAAACUAUAAUAUGAAUAAAAAGAAGAACCAAUGAAAAACACGGAAGGGGAAAGACUGUUCCUUAUAAUAUAAUAUAACUAAUAUGAUACAUGUUCUCUCAGGAACAUAUACCAGUGGAAAAAUCAUUCUUUAAGUAUAUAUAGAUAUUGACUCACUGGAUUAACAUCAGUCGUCCCUUCCCUUCAGAUGCAUCUGUUUCAGCCAACACUCUCUUUGACAAUAAUCAUCGUCCAUGGCUAAAAAGAAGUAUUCUUACAUAAUAUAUACACCUAAAAACAACCAAACUAUUGUUAUGUCAUGUAAAAAAAUCAAACGUGAGAAAUAUCCCAAGUUAUGUUCCUCCUGUUUCAUAUGUACCAAACAUGUAAACUGCACAAAUUGGGAAAACCCUAAAAGUAAUCUAGGGACCAACCCUAAGUGAUAUCACCAUCAGGAUCUCUUCAUGAAGCAGAUUUAAACUCGUAGAUGGCAUCUCUUUGAUACCACAAUAAAAUUGUGCAUAAUGUCAACAUAUUUAAUAGCCAACCAGAAAUUAAAUAAGGAACAAAGAUGUAAGAAAUUUGCAGAGAACUGCAUUAUUGAUUAAAAACAGCUGGAGAUUACAAUUAGCUCUGGCAAUAAAAACUCCAAUUGUCUCUUUUACAAAAACAAAGAGAAGAAUAUUAAGAAACAUAAGUAAAAUAGCUUCAUUCACUAAAAAUUGGCACAUUGCUAUAUUUGUUCUUCCUUUUGACAACUGAAAAGAUUCAAAAGUUGAACACAAAAUUGAUAGAACAUGAAUUUUGUAGACUCUAAACCGAAGAAACCAAUGAAUCACACCUUGAUCAUGUUUCCGCAGCCUCAGGGACGUCAUAACUCAUAAGAGCCUGUUGUUACUUCC